GCUCUUCUCUUCCAUAUCCAAGCCCCGGAAACCCCCCAAAAAAAAUAGAAGCAUUUUCAUCUCUCACUCAAACAAGCAAGAAGAUCAUGGCUUCGUCAAGCCCUCCUCUGAAAGAUGAGCUCGACAUUGUGAUACCAACCAUCAGAAACCUUGAUUUCUUGGAGAUGUGGAGGCCCUUCUUCCAGCCCUACCACCUCAUCAUCGUCCAAGAUGGUGAUCCUUCCAGAACCAUCAAGGUCCCUGAUGGCUUCGACUACGAUCUCUAUAAUCGUAACGACAUUAACAAAAUGUUGGGCCCCAGGGCUAGUUGCAUCUCCUUCAAGGACUCUGCUUGCCGCUGCUUUGGUUACAUGGUUUCCAAGAAGAAGUACAUCUAUACCAUUGAUGAUGAUUGCUUUGUUGCAAAAGACCCUUCUGGCAAAGAUAUCAAUGCGCUUGAACAGCACAUUAAGAAUAUUCUCUCUCCAUCGACUCCCUAUUUCUUCAACACUUUGUAUGAUCCUUUCCAAGAAGGCAAUGAUUUUGUCCGGGGUUAUCCAUUCAGCCUUCGUGAGGGUGUGCCUACAGCCGUUUCCCAUGGCCUUUGGCUUAAUAUUCCCGAUUAUGAUGCUCCCACGCAGCUUGUGAAGCCUCUUGAGAGAAAUACCAGGUAUGUCAACACGGUCAUGACAAUACCAAAGGGCACCCUCUUUCCCAUGUGUGGAAUGAAUCUAGCAUUUGAUCGUGACCUCAUUGGCCCAGCGAUGUAUUUUGGACUCAUGGGAGAGGGUCAGCCAAUUGGACGUUACGACGACAUGUGGGCUGGCUGGUGUACCAAGGUGAUAUGCGAUCAUUUGGGACUGGGAAUCAAGACAGGGCUUCCCUACAUCUGGCACAGCAAAGCUAGCAAUCCUUUUGUGAACUUGAAGAAAGAGUAUAAUGGUAUCUAUUGGCAAGAAGAGAUCAUUCCGUUCUUCCAGUCAGCAACUCUUUCAAAGGAUUCCACUACAGUCCAGAAGUGCUAUGUAGAACUGUCAAAGCAAGUUAAGGAGAAGCUAGGAAAGAUAGAUCCCUACUUUACCAAACUUGCAGAUGCCAUGGUCACUUGGAUUGAAGCUUGGGAUGAGCUCAACCCGGCCACAGAUACUGCCAAAUUACCAAACGGCUCUGCUAAGUGAAAGUCAUAGCAGCAUUGACGACGGCCUUUAGUUUUUGCAAUAGCUCAAAAUUUAAUACUUACUGCUUCUUUUUUCAAGUAUGCAACCCUUUAUACGUUCGGAUAAGUCCGUGUAUUAGUUCCUUUUUCAUGGAACUAAUGAACUGGUCCAAUGUAACAUCCGCGCAAUAUGCAUAUUUUAGAGUAGAGAAAAGAAUAAUAGUUGAUGCAACUUCCAAGUUCCAACAGACCGCGGUUGAAUCCUUAUUGUUUCUUUCCACAUGAAGGUAGAAACUUUGGCUUGGUUUUAUACUGCACCCGUAUUUUGAGAGCAUGAUUGAAGGAUUAUCUGCGAUACUAAUUUGUUUUUAAGUCCCGGACAUGGAGAAAAGAACAAGAAUAUAUGGAAUUUAAACUCAGGUUG